AUGCGGUUGCUAGGGGACAGAGCUUUUCCUGCUCAGGAAUAUAAUCCCUCUUUGUUCCAGUCCUUCUUCCACACAGUGCUGGGGAACAGUCACAUGUGUGACUCUCUGGUGGACAACAACCUGCGUGUUACCAACUGGAACAGGAAGCUGGGCUGUAAGUGCCAGUACAAACACAUAGUGGACUGGUGCGGCUGCUCUCCCAACGACUUCAAACCACAGGACCUCGUCAGGAUACAGCAACUGACCCGGCCCACGUUCUUUGCCCGAAAGUUUGAGUCCACGGUGAACCAAGAGGCCAUAGACAUCCUGGACACCCACCUGUAUGGACACUACGCCCCAGGGACAGUGGCCAUCAAGGCCUAUUGGGAGAGCCUGUUUGAGCGGGCGGACGGGGUUGGCUCCCUCAGUGACGUGGCCCUCACGGCCUACUCUUCCUUCUUCCGCCUGGGCCUCAAGAGCCUGGAUAGCAGCCAGACCAGCCUGGAGACCUGCAGGUAUGAGCCAAUAGGCUACCCGGUGUCGGUGCACCUCUAUUUCUACGACGAGCGUUUCCAGGGCUACUUGGUCCGUCAGGAGGUGCAGAAGGGGGGGUCAAGGGUCAGGGAAACAGUGGAGGUGUGGGCCGUGCCUCAGGCCACCAUGCAGCUGGAGAACAACCUCCGGGAGUUUGAGAGGCUCAAGAACCUGGAGGUGGGCACAGAGUGGGACCCCAAGGAGAGAAUCUUCCGGAACUUCGGCGGUGUGAUCGGGCCGUUGGACGAGCCGGUGGCGGUACAGAAGUGGGUUCGGGGGCCCAACCUCACUGCCACCAUUGUGUGGAUUGACCCCGCCCAGACGGUGGCGGCAUCUUAUGACAUCAGUGUGGAUGUGGACGCAGAGUACACGCAGUACAAGCCCCCGCUGCAGCGGCCGCUCCGCCCCGGGGCCUGGACAGUCAGGGUGCUGAGGCUGUGGGAGCGCGUGGCCGAGGCUCGCUUCCUCGUCAUGCCCCUGGCCUUCAAAGGACGAGAGCCACUACGCCAAAAGGAGGACAGCUGGCUGCACGCGGGGCCACCAGGCAACCUGUACCUGGAGCAGGGCUUCCAGCAGCUGAGAUCUGUUCUGAAGCUUCCCCCACAGGAGCCUGCCCUGCAGGAGGCCCAGCAGAGGGCCCAGCUGGUGGGCAAGCCCCUGGAAGCCUGGGUGGACCGCACUGUGGGGGCCUUCUGGGUGACCGGGGACCUGUGCUCCACCCUGCCUUCCCCGGGCCCCUGCCCUUCCCUGGGCCCCUGUACCAAGUCCACCUGGAGCUCCCUCGCCCCAGACCCUAAGUCAGAACUUGGCCCUGUCAAAGGUGAUGGCCGGAUCAGGUAGCCCCCCGGACAGGAGGCAUGCUGGACUACAGUAGAGGGAGAGGGGAUUAUAUGUGAGCCCUGAGAAGAGGGGAGGAUGUGUGAGCCCUGAGAAGAGGGGAGGAUGUGUGAGCCCUGAGAAGAGGGGAGGAUGUG